CACAGAAAUCCUUUUUCUUUCUGGAAAAGAUGAAAGAACCCUAAAAAUUCCAUGAUGGCAAGUUGGCAACAGACAAAUGAAGCCUCUCACAAAACACCAUUUGUCCCCCUUCUCUCUUUUCCCUCGAUAUUCUGCAUCAAAAGAGAUAACAAUCGUCCAAUAAUGUCGUCUUAGUUCAAAAUUUCCUUCUUUUUGUUUUUUAUUCUCCCCUCCCCCUCCCCCUCCCCAAAUCUCCUCUUUCUCUUUUCGAAUAAUAAAGGAGUGGUUCACGAUUCACAUCCCUCUGUUGCCUUUAUCUCCUUCUUUCCCUGCCUUCCCUCUAUAAAUAAUCUCCUGUAAACCCAUUUGAUUCCUGCGUUUCUCAUAUUCUCUUUCUCCACCCAUUAUAAACCCCAGUUUCUUCUUUCCUCGCAGACAGAGUAAUGGAGGUUGAUAUCUAAAGAUGCGAGCUUUCUUUUGUUUUUUAUGUAAUCUAUUCUUAUCGAGACGUAAUGACUAAAGAGAGUCGUCUAUUCAAAACCCUAGGAGCAUUAACUUUGUCGCCUAUAUUUAGUGGUAUGGCGAUUGCUUUUCCCCCUCAUUUCAUCUGUUCCGAGAAAUCCACGAUGGAGAAAGCCGUCAUUGUUAAGUCUUCGUCUGCGGCGGCGGUUUCUCCUUCUCCUUCUGUUCCUCCGGUGAUUUUGACUCAGGACGAGCUGAAAAAGAUUGCUGCUUAUAAAGCCAUCGAGUAUGUCGAGUCCGGAAUGGUUUUGGGGCUGGGAACCGGUUCGACGGCGUGGUUUGCCGUGAACCGGAUUGGUGAGCUUCUGCAACAGGGGAAACUCAAGAAUAUUAUUGGGAUACCCACCUCGAAGAAGACCGAAGAGCAGGCGAUUUCGUUGGGGAUUCCUCUCUCCGACCUCAAUGAGCAUCCGGUUCUUGAUCUUGCGAUUGAUGGAGCCGAUGAGGUCGACCCACAUCUCAAUCUCGUCAAAGGCCGAGGUGGGUCUUUGCUCAGGGAAAAGAUGGUCGAGGGCGCUUGUCGGAAGUUCGUUGUUAUUGUCGACGAGUCAAAGCUAGUUGAUCAUUUGGGAGGUAGCGGCCUAGCUGUUCCGGUCGAGAUUGUACCUUUCUGCUGGAAAUUUACGGCCGAUCGUCUGCAGAGCUUGUUUGAGUAUGCUAGUUGUGUUGCCAAGCUCAGGACUUGCGGCGAAAACGGCAAACCAUUUGUUACGGACAAUGCUAAUUAUAUUGUGGAUUUGUAUUUCAAGAAGGAUAUCGGGGAUUUGAAGGUUGCUAGCGAUUCAAUUCUGCGACUGGCCGGGGUUAUCGAGCAUGGAAUGUUUCUUGACAUGGCUACCACCGUUAUUGUUGCUGGAAAGCUUGGAGUCACAGUGAAGAACAAGUAGAGAGGGCAUGGAGGAGGGGAGAAGGUAGUUUACUGAUCAAAAGAGAUUACAACUUAGCUAACAAAAAAAUGUUUUUUCAGAAAAUUUUGAUUUUGCCAUUACUGUAAUUGGGGGGUUGGGUGUUAUUUUUCCCAGUAUCAAUUGAAAUAAGUACCGGGGUGUCUGUCCAUCCUCUGUAUUUUGUUCAGGUCUUAGGACUUAAGUUGUUGGACAUGCUGAGGAUGGGAAGUCCUAUUGAAUGGUGGGAAGAUGUGGCUUUCUAUGUUUCAGCUGUCUUCUUUUCACCAGAAAUUUUGUCUUGGGACUUACAGCAUGUUCCUAUUCUUUUUGCUGAUUAUAUAAUGGAUCAAUUUUGUAUUCUGUUUGAUC